CCUGCGCUCCCUCCAGCAGCCAGUCAGAGAAGGGAUGCUCUGAACGCAAGACUGCAGCAUCUUCACCGAGAGAACAGGCAGGAAAAAACGUCUUUUUCCGUGUGUAGCACCGCAUCUCCGUACCCUCCUCACCCACCCCGCCAUUCCCGGGUGUCUUCAUCAUCGGAGCCAGGACAGGAUAAGAAGACAGAAAUUAUAGCUCUUCAGUAAUACAUCGGAUUUUUUGUAUCAUUAUUAUUGCUUAGCCGAACUUCUUUUUUCUUAAUUGAUUUCAUUUCUUUGUCUUUCGGUUGGGUUUCUGUUUUGUUGUAUUUAUUGUUCCGCUUCGCUGGCUGUUGCAGAGGAGCGCCACCAUCCUGCACCGCCUGACAUGAGUAUGCUCUUUUAUCCGGUUGCUGCGGAAUGACACACAUAUCCUAGUCUGCAUUUCAAGGUUGAUGGGAGAUUGACGCUCCAUUUGCACGUAUUAUUAUCACAGAAGAUAGUCCAUCUGCACAGGUUUCGGAUUUUUUCUUCUCUGAGCCGAUCAUCCGCCGCUUUCUGUCCCUGUGCAGCAUCUCCCCUACGCACGGCACUGUGCAGGAGAAGCGCGCGACUAGCCUCCCUCGUCCGUAAGAAAACAAGCGUAUUUUCCAAUUCCUUAGUCGCUUUCGCCUUCUGUAAGGACUCAUCUACACGGCUACGCUGCGUAAAAAACGGAAAAGGGGGGAUUUAAACGCAAGCGCAGCCCAAGCAUCCGAGAGCAAGCUCGAAAAUGAUGGCCGGCGGAGCAGUACAGCAAAACGGGAUUUUCUCAAAUCCUCACCAUCACAAUCAACAACCACACAUGGAGUCCGAUCCCCCGGACUCGCGUAAAAGACCCCUGGAGACUCCAACUGAGGCCAGCAGCACCAAACGCACAAACACUGGAGAGGAAGGCGAGUACUUCCUGAAGGUUUUGAUUCCCAGCUAUGCGGCCGGUUCGAUCAUCGGGAAGGGAGGUCAGACCAUCGUCCAGCUGCAGAAAGAGACCGGAGCCACCAUCAAACUGUCCAAAUCCAAAGACUUCUAUCCCGGGACAACAGAGCGGGUGUGUCUGAUCCAGGGGACAGUGGAGGCGCUGAACGGCGUCCAUGACUUCAUUGCUGAGAAGGUGAGGGAGAUGCCACAGAGCACCCAGAAGACAGAGCCGGUCAGCAUCCUGCAGCCGCAGACCACCGUCAACCCCGACCGUGUCAAACAGGCCAAGCUGAUCGUCCCCAACAGCACAGCAGGGCUGAUCAUCGGUAAAGGUGGAGCUACAGUCAAGGCGGUGAUGGAGCAGUCAGGAGCAUGGGUCCAGCUAUCCCAAAAGCCUGAGGGCAUCAACCUGCAAGAACGUGUGGUCACUAUCAGUGGAGAGCCUGAGCAGAACCGCAAAGCUGUGGAGAUCAUUGUCCAGAAGAUCCAGGAGGAUCCACAGACAGAGAAGCUAGCAGAAGGAGCCAAGGAAGUGGUCGAGAUCGCCGUGCCAGAAAACCUGGUGGGAGCCAUCUUGGGAAAAGGAGGGAAGACACUAGUGGAGUACCAGGAGUUGACGGGCGCCAGGAUCCAGAUCUCUAAGAAAGGCGAAUUCAUCCCUGGAACUCGGAACAGGAAGGUGACCAUCACGGGUUCCCAGGCUGCCACGCAGGCUGCACAAUAUCUGAUCAGCCAGCGAAUCACCUACGAGCAGGGGGUACGCGCCACCAACCCACAGAAGGUGGGCUAAACCUGACAGCCAAUGAGAAACGAGGAGGAAAAGAGUGGGGGCUUGGGGGAGGAGUACAAAAAAAGUGAAAGUGAGAAUGGAAAAAGGAGAGGAGAGCCAGAAUGUCGGAAGGAAUCGUCGGUGCCGCUUUCUUAUGCGUGUUGUCAGUAUUCUCUAUUAAAAAUUUUUUGGCGCGAAGCAAAAAUGUGCUGAGAAGACGAGGAGGGAGAGGAGCGAGUUAUGCUGAAAAACCAAGAAAUAAUGUGUAAAAUGUAAAUAAGGUUUUAUUACUUAACGUCUUGACCUUUUGGGAUUUUUUUAUUGUUUCAGUUUUUUGUUUUGUUUUGUUUAGUAAAUUAAGCUGUCUGUUUGUUUUUGUGUAUUGUGUGGACAAAGCUGAAUGCAAUGUAGGCAGGCUGACUGCCUGAGAGGUUACUGGAGGUGGGGGGAGGGAGGGGUAUGGGUCCUGAGGGGAGGGAAGGGUUGACAUUUACUGGGUGCAACCCUUCACCCCCAACCCAAAAUCCAGUAUAGAAGCAACCCUUACCCCUCGCUCCCCCUGCAGCCCAUACCCUUCACCCUCCCAUGGGAGUUUUUUUUUUUUUUCUACUUUUGAUUUGCCCCUCAACCCCAUCUCCUCACCUCCUCCCCCUGCUGUGCCCACACCCCCUUUUAAAAGGGUUUUAUAGUGAGCAGGACUGCAAACUUCAGCCUGGUGUGUGAAAGAAGAAAUGUCCACAACUCCCCCCAACAUCUUUUAUUCUUUCCCCCGAAGAUGAUCUCACCUCCCUCCUCCUCCUUUGGGAGAUGCAGGAAGAGUGAGGUGGAACUGGGGAGCGGUGGGUGGGGGGAGAAUAAACUAGGCGUUUCUUCAUUGCACACCCCCCGUAUACCCUGUGAUGUAUCCUACAAGCAGUGCAGCGCGACAGGGGUGCUAUGGCAUGUAGCGCCCCCC